AUGGCUUUGAACCCAGAGGACCUCUCUGGUGGGUUUCAGCAUUACACGGUGAUGGCCUUCAUCAACGAAAAAAUGGCCAAACACGUGAAAGGCCCUGAGUUCUACCUCGAGAAUACAUUUCUGUCCUGGGCCGAGGUGGAGGACAAGCUCAGGGACAUCCUGGAGGACAGCGGGAUGCCAAGUGAGGCCAAAGAUGCCUGUACCUGGAGCUGCCUGGCCCUGGGCAUGCGCUUUGCCCACAGGCAGAGCCAGGCACACGCAUGCAGAAUGCAGCGGUUGCAUGACUUCAACAAACUGCAUAAGUCGGCUGCCCAGACCUUGGCCUCAAACCUGAGGGAGCUCUCAGUGCAGCAGGACAUGGAUCGCAAGGAGGUGGCCUACAAUCUGCGGCUGACCCAGGCUAAACUGGAGGAGGUGGAGAGAGAGAGGGACAUGCUGAGAUGGAAGCUCUUCCAGGCUGAGGUGAAGUUGUUCAGCGAGCAAGAGUGGAUCAAAGAAGGGCCAGGCCUGGCCACUGCCAGUGAGACUGCAACAGGAGCAGGUGCAUGCACACCACCCAGACCAGCAGCAGCAUUCACUGCAACAUCUCCCUACAGCGAGCCAUUCGAUGGUACACCAAGGUCUGAUGUAGGGACCCAGGGAAAAGGCCCUCAAGAACCAGGAAGAGGCAGAGCCGCUGAACCCCAACUGCAGCGAAGACUUCCAGCAUUUCGCAUGCCCGGGGACUGGGACUGCCCUUGGUGUAAAGCUGUGAAUUUUUCACAGAGGGAAAUUUGCUUCCGCUGUGGCGGGGAAAUCUGGCUACAGAAGCCUUGA